AUGACUGGAGAGACCCAGCAUGUUUACACCAUCGGCGAUACUGAGGCCGGCCCCAAAGAGCCCGACAAGGACUUCGGCUGCGAAGGCUGCGGGGACAAGGAUGGGAGGGCGCUGGGCGGGGAGGGGACAUCCCCCUUCCCCGGCCCCAAGGACAAGGAGCCCCACAGCCAGCGGGAAGCCGUGAUCCGGCCGCAGCAAGCGGGGAAGAUCGACUUCAAAUCCCUCCAGUGCAAGCCCAAGUUCGGCAAUGACAGCGCCUGGGGAGAGGUCAAGGGCAGCCCGCUGUCCCCGCCGGGGAAGGGGCGAGCCCGGGAGCGCAGCCGGCGCUCGGGGAAGGGCGAGCGGGGCCACCAGCAGCUCUACCGGCUCAGCAUCGCCGGCACCCGGCCCAGCCCCACCAUCGGCAUCGCCUACCCGCAGCAGAAGGUGACGCCCCCGAAGAAGCCGGAGGUGACCCCCGCGGCCGGCAGCUACCGCUUCCACGUGCCCAGCAUCCCCCAGCGCGACGCCGAGCACCGGCCGGAAGAAAUCGGCUUCGGCCGCUGCUUCCCCGACGCCGGCGGCGGCCGGACCCCCGCCAGUUAUACCUCACAGCCCGGCCCCUCCCUCGGCCCCAAGGGGCAGCCCCCCGCCGCCGGCAUCCCCCUCAAGAGCCCCGGCACCCAUGGGCAGCUACAUUAUUUAGAGUUCCAGGCAAACCGGGCCGAGUCGUGGCCUUCCCCGGAGAAGAGCUUUGCCGGUGCUACCUACGGGAUCUCGGUGCAGAAGCCCAGCUCUUUCUCCGAGGGUGGCAAAGCCGCUGUGCACGGCCUGGGGGCUUUGCCGUGCCAGUUCCCCUUCCAGCUGCUGCACGAGGCGGGGAAGGAGCCGUUCCGCAGCAGCGCGGGCAGCCAGGAGUACCUGGACGUGGGAAUCGCCGCCACCGCCCAGCUGGCUCCCGGCGCCUUCGCCUUCCACUCGUCGCCCAGAGAGUGGCCAGAGGAGCCGCUGGGCGGGGGCUCCUACGAGAGCGUGUCCCCCGAGGGGCGGCUGUACGGGCUGCCCGUGCCCCCUCCUCCGCCGCCGCCGCCCUUCCUGCACCCGCCGCCGCCGCCGGCCCUGCACCACGGCCCCUUGCCCUGCUGCAAGGGCAGGGCCGAGCAUCCCGCCGACCCCACUGGUGCUCUCCCGUCGUCUGGUGCUAUCGACCAAAACCCAAGCACUUUCCAAGAAAACCAAGCUGUUUUUCCGUCUAGUUUACACUCGCCUACCAUGCCAAAGCCGGUGGGGAAGAGGCAAGCCUCGGCCAAGGACGGCGUCCCCAGCCCGCGGCUGCUGGUGCAGAGCAGCCCCCUGAGAAGGACCGUGCCACCAAACUCCCUGUCCCAAGUGCACUUUCAGAGCAAGGCCUAUUGCAGCUCCCCCGCGGGCAGCAGCGGCGCGGGAGCCGUGCCUUUCGAGACGAGCGUUCCCACUGCGGCACCCACCCACCCCAGGCUUGUGCAAGCUUGGGAAGGUGCCACGAAGGCGUUUUCUCCCAUGGACCAGAAUUCAGCACCUUAUUCAAACCCUGUUGGAAACCAGUUCUCAUUCGAGUGCCAGUCUGGCCCCGAGCAGAGGCAGCACAGGCAGAAAAAUGCCAGGCUGCCUUGGCAGCAGAUGCACCUCCCUUCUGCAGUGCCCGGUGCCAACAGGCUGGAGCUGUCGAGACACAUCAGCAGCCAGAAGCUCCCCUUCCCCCUGGGCACGUCGGACUGGCAGGGCAGCGGGAAAGCCCAGAAAGGGCCCCCCAUAAACAAUUCUCCGGGGUAUCACAGCAAAAAGCUGCUAUCGGGAGAGAGCCUGCAGAGGGGAGAUCCCAGCGUGACGGGAGCUUUUUCCUUUGAGAGUGGGAAGGAACCAGGGUCUCCUGCCUGCGACUCGAGAAGCAAAGCCCUGUUCUACAGUAUUGCUCAAGCAGCUCCUCCUCCUCCUCCCUCAAGGAGCUCGUCAGGCUCAGGGCUGGUCCUGCCACCGUCAGCCUUGGCAGCUGCCUCCCCUUGCGAGUCCCCGCUGCCGUCCCCUGUCCCCAACCCCACGUGUGGCAGCACCUGCUCGUCGCUGUCCCCCGUGUCCAGCAGCCCACUCAACCCCGGCUUCGAGGACAGCCAGAUGUCCGGAGCGCUGACCCCCUCGCCCUUCUUCCAGCACCUCUGCCAUGCCAAGGAUGCCAACAAAGCCUUCCACCCCUCCGAGGUUCUGAGUCCCAGCUCGCUUCACUACCACCCCCCGGACUCUGUCAAGUCCUUCGUCUUCCCUGCGGAUGCUCUGAAAGACGACAGCCUCCUGAAAUGUGCCCCGGGCAGCCCGUUCCACAAACCCGGCGGGGAGGCGGCCAAAGGCUGCUCGGAGGGGCUGGAUGGGGAGCAGCCUCCGCCUCCCUACUCCUCCCAUCACCUGCUGGCCACCUCCCUGAGCAGUGCCAGCCUGGACCAGCUGGACGUGCUGCUGACCUGCAGACAGUGUGACCAGAACUACAGCAACCUGUCCUCGUUCCUGCAGCACCGCCAGUUCUGCGCCUCCCAGCCCGCUGCCCAGGCAGAGCCCAAGGACGCUCCCCGGGCAGCCGAGGGGCGGAAAGCGCUCCCGCCGGAGCCUCCCAGACCCCUGGCGCUCUCUCCAGACCCCCAGGGACAUCUGUUGGCAUUAAACAAGAGCGACGACUUCUUGCUGGACGGGGAAGGCAAAAGUGAGGGCAAGGAGGAUGCUCUGAAGGGCGGCCUCUUCCACGGCCUGGCCGCCAGCUCCCUCCCGCUCAGCGCCUCCGACCUGGACAUCGACGAUGCCAAGCUGGACAGCCUGAUCACCGAGGCGCUCAACGGCCUGGGAUACCAGUCGGAUAACCCGGAGAUCGACAGCAGCUUCAUCGACGUGUUCGCUGAUGAGGAGCUGCCGGGCGUGAAGGCGGCUGCCGGGGGGAUGGCCCACAAGGCCAAGGAAGGCCUGGCCUCAGAGAGCAAAUCCAAGCAGGCAGCGGAGGAGAAGGCAGCAGGAGAGGCCAAGGCUGGCUGUUUUUGUGAAGAUGACCAGCCAGGUGGGGAGCAGGUGAAGAGAGGGCCAGGAAAGCGGCACCUUCACAAAGGGAGGGUGGCACGGAGGGUGGCACCGCAGGAGCCGGAUCCCGCGGCAGAGGGAUCAGAGAGGACAGCCAGGCUGAGGGCGGGCAGGAAGAACAGCAUCCCACCAGCCAGCACCUCCAGCCAGAAGCAUCCCAGGAAACUCGGCCAAGACCCUCUGAUGAAGAGUGAGGUGGGGCCAGGCGUCGCCACCAAGAGCUCCAAGCCACCGCGGUUCUCCAUGAAGGACGUGAAGAAGCGGAAGCCCCGAAGCGGGACGUGGAGCAAGGAGCUCAUCCACAAGAUCGUGCAGCAGAAGAACAAGCUCCACAAGCUGCAGGUGAAGAGCAGCAAGCAGGCCCAGUUGCCCCAGGCCACCGAGAGGCCGCUGGCAGCCACCAAGGAGGGCAGGCUGCGGGAAUACGACUACGUGUCCGACUCGGAUGAGGAGGGGGCAGAGUGCAGCAAGCCCCGGGGCAGGAAGAAGCGUGGCAUGGCAUUCGUGGGGAGGAGCAAGUACAGCUUCAGCAAGAAACGCCUGGGCAGAAGCGAGAGAGCCAGAGAGAAAGACCCAGCCUGGAGCUACAGCCGGAAAAGGGACAGUCAGAAAAGGGAGGCACAGGAGGACGGGGAUGUCCCGAGUCAGGAGGAUGCUGAGAAAGAGGAUUGUGCUGCCAGAGCCCGAAGGAGGAGCAGCCACUCCUCUGCUGGCAGCAACCACAGCGUGCCCAGAGAGAUGGGCACGAGCCCACCCCGCCCUGGUGGGGCUGGUGACAAGGGUGGCACUCAGAGGAGGAGGCGCUCGGGCAGCCCAGCCCGUGUGCCAAGGACUCCCCUCAGCCCUCCCCAGCACAGCAGCCCAAAGACGAGCCAGGAGAGCAAAGAGGACAUUCCCAGGGGGAGCAGGAGAUUUGGCUCAGCCAAACCUUUGCUGGCAGGCUCCAGGACACGGCCGAGUGCUGAACCAGAUGUUGCUGCCAUGGACUGUGCAAAGGAGGAGCCGUCACCGCAGCCCCAGGAGAGGCAAAUGCUCGGCACGGCCACCCCAGGACGGAACCCUGCCAGCUUCACCUCUAAGGAGGGGGUGGAAGAGCCCAGAGGAGCAGCAAAGCUCCCAGGUGAGGCAGGAGAACCCACCCUCCAGGCUCAGGGCUCUCCUGAGCUCACCGUGGACCACCAGAGGCACCAGUUUGCCCCUUUCCCAAGUGAAGGGCUGAAAUACCACACAGAGGAGGUGAUUGCUCCACCCCACGGCGGUAACAAAUCGAGUCCUGGCCGUGGGAGUGCCACCUGCUCGGAAGCAGGAAUGAAAUUCCGAAAGGGCCAGGGGCUCUGUGACGGUCGGAAGGAUUAUCCCACACCAGCUCCCACCUACGGGGGGGAUGCAGUGGGAAUGAUGCUCGCUGCCAAGACGCCCGAUCCGUAUGUCAGCGGUGACAACGCGUUUUUUGACCCCAAAGGCCUUCCCGGUCACUACGAGGACAACCUCUUCCCAAAGCCCCCAGCCCUGGGCUCCUCCCACAUGGAUGACGUGUACCUGUGCCGGGAUGACAUCAGCGCCAGCUCCUUCGAGCAGAAACACUCCGGCAUCUCCCCUUUUGCCACGGAGAUGCCGCAGGGCAAAGUGUCCUCCCCUCUCAGCUUUGACUCCUCGUCGAUAUUCGGCGAGCUGCCCGUCUCCGAGUUCGAUCCGUACGAGGGCAAGGAUGGAUACGUGACAGCGUUCCCCUGUCCCGGGAGCGGCCCCCGCAAGCCGCUGCCCUUCGAGCAAGCGUACCCACCCUUCCUGCCAGAGAAAGACUGGUCCCUCAUGGAGGAGGUGGCUCCCAUGCUGCCAGAAGACAUGUCUCAGUUCCACAGCCUCUCCGUGGAGAAGCCACCAGCCAAGAAAUUCCCCGAGGAAGGAGCUGUCCCCGGCAGCCAGCUCUCCCUGCCGCUGCCAGACAGGAUCGCGGAUUACAACGUGACCUUCAUGGGCAACAUUUCAGACGACGAGCUGGAGAUCAAGCGCUUGGUCACGGAGCUGGAAAGCCAACUGCAAACCAGCAAGUUGGACUCGGAGGUGUCCGUCACCCUCCAGAAAUCCGAGCCAUCCGUGGCUGUCCACCUGCGAGCACAGGGGGCCGAGCGGUUCCCGGUGCUGUCCCAGGGAGAGCCAGAGGCAGGCCAGGAGAAAGGGCUGUUUUUGGCAGGUGAGCUGGGCAGAUCGAGCCUCUGCGUUGAGGAGAGGCUGGCAGGGGAGAAGCCAGACAUGGUGACAGCCCGUGAGGGCUACGAGAGACCCAGGGAGCCCUGGCCGUGCCCGCUGGAGCUGGGCUCGCUGGAAACCGGGAUGUGCGACCCAGCCCCGCUGGCCACAAACCAUUUCUGCUCCAAAGACAGCAGUGAGCAGCUCCAGGGAGCUGCGGCCACUGAGGAAAGAGACCUCAGGAAGAUGGAAAAUGGGUCUUCUUCCAGCAGUCUACCUGGCUCAAGCACAGCUGACCAAACAGAGGCUCCCAUCUACACCGGCCCUGUGACAAAAAGCCCUCCUGUUGUCACUGACACCAUGUUCCCCGAGACCGUGGGUGCAGCAGAAGUAACCAAAGACCCCCUGCCAUCCCUGCCAUGCCAGUGCGGUGCCGAGGGCUUCCCUGUGCCAGGGAAAGCAGACACUGAUCCUGCGGAGCUGGAGAAGUUGGAUGCCCAUCUUCCAAACCCUAAACCCCAGUUUGGGUUUCAGCAGGGUCCCACCCCAGCCUUGGAUCUCGCCUUUUCACCUCACAUCAAAGAGGUCCCAGAUACAGAAGAAAAGACCUUAAGCAGGACUGAGCCCCCCAAAACAGUGAAAAACGCUGUGGAUCUCAAAGGGGGUGGUGAUGGGCCUGCGCUGGUGGAGGAGACGGAGGAGAGGAGGAGUCCCAACACCUAUCAAAGCCCUGGAGCCAGUGACAAAGCCAGCAAGCCCAAAGUGCUGCUGUUUGAGAUGCUGAGUGUGCCCAAGGAGAGCAACCGCCCUUCCCAGGAGAUGAUGGGGGCAUCCCAGGAGACCUCUGCCAACCCCCUGCAGCAGCUCCAGCUCUUCGUCGCCCGGACGGUGAAGAACAACGAGGAGGAGCUGUUGAUGCCGUGCUUCCCCGGGCUGCUGGCUCCCAGCCACCCCUCUGCCACCACCCGCGUCCAGACGGAGCACCAGGAGCAGAGCAGUGGUGCCUUGGAAGGAGAAGAUGAGACCCAAGGGGAAGGGGAUCUCCCCACUGGAAAUAUCACUGCUCCAGGGAAAGAGGUGCUUUCUCCCAGUGGAUGUGAGCAGCUGGAGGCGUUGGACGCAGAGGGCUCUUACCACGCAAAACAAUCCACGUUGGCAAAGCCGGAGCUGCAAAAUAAUGUAACAGAGCUGCAGCACUUAGCAAAUGAAGCCCCGGAGCCGAGGGACAUUAAUAUCCCUGCAGAUGGUGUUUCCCAGGAGCGUAAUGACCUCUCACCACCCAACAGCACCGCGGUGACCUCGCUGCCAGGGCAGGGAAGGAAAGCUGAUCAGCUCAGGGAAGAGCAGGAGGGAGAUAACAACACAACGACCUUGGCAUUUAGGAAACAUGAGCAAUCCCACCCCAGCCGUGGUUUGCUCGAGGAAGAAAUGCUGGGCAGAGGAGAGGGGGAGAGGCUGGAAAGAAGUUGGGUAGGGAAGGGGGCGCAGCACCCAGGCAGUGCUCCCACGAGUCCUGUCGGCCCCUUUGGUCCCUCUGAGGGGGAGCUCCACCAGGAUCACAGCUUGGGGACAGAGAUAAAAGCCAGCACGGUCAGUGCAGAUGUUCCCAGAGAAGGGAACGUCAAGUUGUCCCUCAAUGGCUGUGAUGACACAGAUGAAUCUCCAGCCAGCCUGCUCUCACCAGCCAAAUAUUCCAACCUCAAAUGCUUGCAGAGCAGCGGGGCCGAGGGGGGAGAGGUCCCCAGUUUAGGCACUCAGCUCUCGGAUGAGAAGAAUGCCUUGGAGAUGGGUGGUCCCCGGGAACCUCCUGGGAAAGACUGUUCUCUUCCCUGCUCGCCACCUUUCCACCAAAAGGGUGUCGGGAAGGAGGUCCCCGAAAACACCGGUGCUGUGCUGCCAGAUUUUAAAGAAAACCAAGGGUGUGCCAUCACAGACACAGUCGUUAACUCCACCCCUCCAGAAACCCAGGACUAUCCAACCCAGCCCAGAGCGGAUCUCCUGCCCAUGGAAGGAAGGGAGGUCAACCUGAACCAAGAGAACAAGCUUGAAAACUGCUCCCAUGUCAGGAACAAGCAUCAAAGUGAACCAGAGGCUUUGUGCAAUGGUUUUGCUGUUCAGGACAUGUCAGCUGCCAUCAGCAGAGGUCUUACAAGGGUUGGAGAUCUUGGUCCUGCUGAAUUAAAUGGCCAUGAGUUUUCAGGGGCAGCAGAGGUGAGACUUGUUCUUUCCAAAACCACAGAGAGUGAAGGAAAGAGUUUAAAGGGGGAGAAAUCCAAAAGCCAUGGGGCUGCAGAAGCUGGGGGUUGUGUGUUAAACAGCGUGGGCCAAGGAGAGGACUACACACCCAGCAGUACUCCAGACCCAUCCCAAAAUGAACUCCACAAAGGAAGAAAGCCCAAUGGACUCCCGGUGACCUGUGACAUUUGCUCAGCCACGUUCCGGUCCAAGCCCGGCCUGACCAGGCACAAAGCUGUCAAGCACCAGGUGAAGAACGGUGGUUUGCCACAGCCCAGCAAGACUCCCAGGUCCCCUCUGAUUCCUGCACACAAGACAUCAAAAGCAGCCCAAAAGGUGCCCAGGAGGAGCCUGAAGGCGUCGGUCAAAGACAAAACCUGCAGCUCACAGGCGCUGACCUCCACCGUUGAACGCGUUCCCAAGAAAAUACUCGCAGACCUGGAGAAAGAGCCCAGCACGCAGAUGCAGGAGGUGGUCAGCAGAGUGCUCAGCGACCUCAGCGUGAUCUCCUUGGAGAUGUCCCAGGAGCUGCACCGCACACGCGUCCUGCAGAGGGAGGUGAAGGCAAAGGGACCGCGCCCGGAGAUGAGGGGGUCGGGAGAGGCAGCGUCUGGGAAGCUGGAUUUGGGAUGGCAGGUCAGGAAGGGAGAAAAGGGCAGAAGGAGCCAAAGCAAAGAUCCUGGUGAGGGGAAGAGCAGUUCUGAGAAGCAGCUCAACAGGAAAGUGAGGCGAAGGAAAACGAAGGUGUUUCCCAGCAGGAAUGAGCCCGAUGGUCCCUGUGAGCUGGAGAAGAGCACAGGUCCUGCUGCCCUCAGCUCCAGCCUGCCCGGGAUCAUGGAGGGCUUGCACGAGCCAGAUGGUUGCAUCUCCACAGAGAAGCAAAACAGGACCAGCGCAGCCCAGCACUCCCAAAAAGCCAAAGAGUCCUCUUGUGCAGCCGAGCUGGAGGAAGACCUGGGCAGCAGGAUGGGGUCUCUAAAGGAGAUGGUCAGCAAGGAGACAGCCACGGGCACCUGUCCUGGGGAGGUGGAAGAUCCAGAUGCAGUGGAAGACACGCAGGCUUGCAGAAAAUGGAUCAGUGGGUUUGUGGAGCAAGUGGCGAAGGGAUGGGGCAAGGUGGGCACAGAGCAGCAUCGUGGUGCUGAUGGCACAGAGGACAUGAAUGCUGGGACAGGGGACAGUCCUGUGGCAGGCAGUGACACCAGGAACUGGAGUGGUGCCCUGCAGGGUCCCACAGCUCCUGGCAAAGGGGCUUUGCUGCUGGAGAACCACGAUUUGGGAACCACCCAAAAUGCUUCUGGGCAUGGUGCUCUGCAGACCGCGCCGGGGACCAGCCCCUCUCCUGCAGAUCCAAAGCGGUGGGUGAAGGCAGAUGUGCCACCAGGCAGGGAGCACUGCGGGGACAGCACGGCCACCUCAGACCUCCAGAGCUUUUUCGACGAUGAUUCCACCUUCUCCCAGCUGUUCCCCAGGGACGACCAGUUUGUCCGGAGGAAGUGCACGCGGGUGUAUGGGAAACGCAGCAAGAAACCCAAACCUGUCCCCGAGGUCAGCCUGCAGCCAGCGGGGGCCAUCGACCUCUUCACCAUCCGCCUGGCUUCUGACCUCAGCGACACCAGCUCCUUCUGUGUCACCAGGGAGGACCCUCACGAGUACGAGACCAUCUCCGUUGACGAUGCCCUGAUGCUGAACAUGUGUCACGGCAGCAAGGCAAAGAGCGGAGAUGCUGCUGCAGAUGGAUCUAAAAGCAUCGAGCUGAGGUUGGACCAGGAGGAGACCGACCAAGGGAAGGAGGACAUUGACCUGGAGGACAACAUGCUGACCUUCUUGUGCCAAAACAGCCACGGGGACAACGUUCCCAGCUUGAACAUCUGGGGCAGUCUGGAGAAGGAGGGGGAAAGCCUCUCUGCCGAGGACAUGUUUGAGCCUCUGAUGGACCUUGAGGAUGAGCACUCGCUCCAAGAAGCGAGCUCCGAGCCCCCCGACCUGGCAGAGGAGUCCUACAAUGGCAAAGAUAAUGGGGAUUCGGACUCCCCCGAAUUUCACACCAUCGACAUUGAGAUGCUUAAUGCAAAGCUGAAAAUGAGAGACAUGUGCUUCUUCAGCCCUUGCGAGGAUCUUCCUGGCCAUGGCGAGGACAACGCCGUGAGUUUGAAGCCAAGGUCGGGCAAGCACAGGAGCAAGGUGGAAGAUGGGAAAUUGGGGAAAAACCGCGGGGACAUAACCAUCAAAACCAAAGACAAGCAGUACAAAUGCAAAGUCUGCUUCCAGUGGUUCCUGACCCUGGGGGAACUGGACUUCCACAAGCUCUCCCACAACCCUUCCCCUCCUCCUACCUGCUACAUGUGUGUCCAGCGCAAAUUCAGCUCCCGGGAGCAGCUCCGCGACCACCUGAAGGAGAAGCACACCAGGAACAAAGCUGGGCUGUGGGCGUGCGGGAUGUGCCUGAAGGAGAUCUCCGACGUCUGGAUGUACAACGAGCACCUGCGGGAGCACGCCACGCAGUUCGCGCGCAAGGGGCAGGCGCAGAAGUCGGUGAUGGGCCUGCCGGGCUGCUUCGGUGAGGACAAUGCCGCCGUCACCCACUUCCUCAACACCAUCAUGUGUCGGAAGCCCAGCAGGUCCUCCCGGCACGGCGACCCCAGCGGCCGGCAUGGGGUCAGCAGAGAGAGCAAGAGCCCCAAGGAGUUGCCCCUUGAGCAGGAGAAGGUGAUGAAAGACCCCUUGGAAAGCGGUGUCAAAGUGAAGCCACCUGCGCCCAGCUCCUCCAAAGCGUCCUCCAGCCCAUCUCCAGAGCACACGGCAAAAAGUGAAAACACCCCAAAAUCUGUCCCCAUGCACCCAGACUGCAAGGAUCCUUCCCGGGACUGCCAUCACUGUGGCAAACAGUUCCCCAAACCCUUCAAGCUCCAGCGGCACUUGGUCGUGCACAGCUUGCAGAAGAUUUACUUGUGCCACAAGUGCCCCAUGUUCUACCAGGAGACCAAAGAGCUCCGGAGCCACCUGAGCCAGGAGCACGGCGUGGUGGAGGAGCAGGAGAUCAAGCACACCACCCUGUACGCCUGCGAGCUCUGCGCCGACGUCAUGCACGUCAUCAAGAAGUCCUUCAUCUGCAGCAUGUGCAACUACACCUUCUCCAAGAAGGAGCAGUACGACCGGCACAUGGAGAAGCACCUGGCGGGCAGCAGCAAGACCUUCAAAUUCCGAGGGGUCAUGAGGCCUGGCGCUGCCUGCAGGGAGGGCAGGGAGAAGGUGAAGGAGGACGGAUCUCUCCGGGAGGGAAUGCCACCGAGCAAGAAGCGGAAGGUGGCUCACCAUGGCAGCUCAAUCCCACGCAGGUCACCAGCCCACCUAGGCCCCACGAGUGACCUUCAGCUGGUAGAAGCUGGAAGCCCCAGCCUGCAGGUUCCCACUGACUCCUUCCCAACAGCACCUGGUGACCUGGGAGCACCCCAGCCCUCCGUGAAAGCAGAAGUCCUGGUGGGUGACUUCUCUGAGCUCCUGGCAGACAUGGAGAAGUCCCCGUUUGACCCCUUGCCACCACCGCCCUGCCUGUCCCCAUCUCUGCCGCCAGCUGCUGCAGGCAGCCCCGAGCUCGGCCACAUCGCUGGCCUGUCCAUCGAGGAGCUGGAGAAAGGAGCCUUUGAUGGGAAGCCACUUCCUUUCUUGGACUCGCCUGAGUUUCCCAUGGACCUUGCUGGCUUGGCUUGUCACCAGGCCACCAACCAAAAACUGUCCCCUCCCCUCCUGACGCAGAAACAUGGCUGUGCCGAUGCCCAUAAAACAACAAGCACAGGCAACAAAGAUGAAUACGGGGCCUGUAUCCUGGAAAAUCCCAGCGCAGACACCAACGCCAUGGAAGGGAUCCCCUAUCUCCAGCUUGCCAAGAAGGUCUCAGAGCUUCCUUCCCCUAAGGCAGAGUCUCCACAAGCCACGGACACCCCCAAAUGGGGCAGCCCCAGUGCCAGUGACGCCUCUGCCUGGGAGGGCGCGGCUAAGCCGGUGUCUCCAGAAGGUGCCCACCAGCCCCUGGCCCCAAAGGACAGGACAGCAUCGCCCACACUCAACAGAGCUUCCAAAGAUUCAGCGCCACCAAAGAAGACCGUGGGCAGCGAGGCUGCUCCCAGUGUGGGCAGCCCCGAGGAGGGUCAGCAGCCCAUCUCGGGGAAGGAGAAAUCCGUGCCCGAGGCUAAGGACAGUAGCGCUAACGCCAAGGACCAAGGCGGCAACCCGGGCAAAUCCAGCGGCCACCAGCCCAGAGAUGAGGCGGCCAGCAACACCACGAGACACGGCCACGCGGAGCCAGGCAGAGCCGCCGGCAAGCUUCACCCCAAGAGGAGGAAAGAACACAAGUCCUUGAGCCACCGGAGCAGCUCCGGCUCGCGGGAGAACAUGGAAGGAGACGGGAAGAAGAAGAAAGCCCGGCCACCAUGCCCGGCCAGGAGCGAGAGCACCGCUGAGCUCAAACGUGGCAGCUGGAGCAACGCCGAGGCGCCCGCCCUGUCCCCCGGCAGGAGGGACACGCACUGCACCAAGCUGGGACCCAAGCCCAGAACGGGCCCCCAGCUGAAGAAGAUGGUCCUGGACCCUUACAAUCAGAAGAAAGGGGAGCUCCGCCACGCCAACGGGGACGUGAAGCGCAGGAAGGCCAUUCUGGGCAAGAGCCUCCACCAGGUGUUGGCCAAGGGGCCAGCGCCGUCCCCGCGUGGCUCCUGGCACGGCCCCCGCGCCGCCCGUGGGGCCAAGGCGGCCGGCCCGGCCAGCUACCGCAGCGCCGAGUCCCAGAACAACCUGCUCAGCCAACUCUUUGGGCAAAAAUUAACCAGCUUUAAAAUUCCUUUAAGAAGAGAUACUUCAGAAUAAUUUAUGGAAGUGACUUAUGGUGAUCCUCAGCUGCUUUCAUGGGGUUUGCAAGGGAAAAAUUAUCAAAGCAUUAAAUUCGUUUGUGUAGCAUGAUUUCUCUGUCUAGCUUAAAUGAACUUGCACUGCAGCCUCUGUGAAAUAGUUUGCUUUGUGUCUACUAAUCUACUUUAAUUCACCUGAUUUAUCAUGCAAAUGCUAGAACUUUGAUGUUGCUGAUGAUUUUCAUGAACUGAAAUUGUAAUCGCUUUGGGCAGACUGAAUCGUCGAGAGCAAUUGCUUUAUUGCAGAAGUGCUGAGGUUAUAAGGAUACUUGCAAAUCUCAGACCCUUUUGAGUCUGUGUCUGUGUUAUCUUUGUACAAAGUACUUGAAGAGAUGAACUUCAUUCCGUAGACGUCUUAUUCAUAAGGUGCAGUACACUGUAGAAAGCAAAUUUUUUUUUUUUUUUUUGAAGAUUUUGCACAAAUAAUCCCAUACAAUUCAUUUAAUUGGGAGCUGGCCUAAGCGAUGAUACAAUUAAAAAAUUAAAUUAAGACCCGAGUGUCCUAUAUUUUGACAGCCAUCCCUAAGAAUUUUGUUUCUACAUCGUCAAGAGAAGAACGACCCAGCUCUGGGGUUCUGGGGCUGUCAGAGCCCUCCAGAGGAUGCUGCCACUCUUUGACCACUGUAGACGAUGGGACUGGAGGAGAAGCGUCCCCGCGAGCAAACUGCACCUUGACACUUGUGACAAACUCUGAUUUUUUAGGGUUUUUUGGAUUUUUUGGGGGGUUUUUUGGUUUGGUUUUUUUUUUUUUUUUUUGUGUGUGCGUGUGCGUGUGUGUGUUUUUUCUUUUUGUUUGUGUUUUGGGUUUUUUUUGGUUUUUUUUGUGCAACGAGAAAACUGUGCCAAUUUACCGCAGCGAAAACCGGUACUGUCCGAGUGCCCUCAACGGUAUCACUUCUAAACUCUCUUACUGUAUUGACGUAGUGGCUCUAUAGGUAUCCGCUUGUACUAUGCAGUUACUGGUGCUAUUCUUCAUUUGUAAUGUGAAUACAGACUUCCUUGAUUGAAAAAAAAAAAAAAAAAAAAAGAAGGGAAUUGGUCGGGAGAAGCGAUUAUCUGUCAAAAAAAGGGAGCAGGAAAAGAGAAUUUGAAAAAAAAAAAGACAACUCGAGGGGAAAAACUUUCAGCUUUAGGGAGAAAAAUUAACUUUAGGGGAAAAAUACAACUUAGGGAAAAAUACAACUUUAGGGAAAGAGCUCCUCUAUGCUGGUACUCCAUAGUGUCGAAAAGGUUACGUCACAUUAAACGAGCACGUUCUACAACCGAACUUUUGGAUCCAGAAAGAAAUCUCAGGUGCAAAUGAGGACAUGGAAAGAUUUUAUUGAAAUACUCCCAAGUCAAGGAGGUGAAGUAAUGCACUGAUGUGAUAUGAACAGUCAGAGUACUUUGCGUCUGUCCUGCAAUGAUUUUUUUGUUUUGUUUUAGAGUUAAAAGGAAAAAAAAAAAAAAAAAAGAGGCUUUAUUCUGUUAAUAUGUAUCUUUACAAUUCUUUGUAUUGUAUAAAAAACUAUUGUAGGUAAUUUACCUUGGGUGCAAUGUGUUCUGUCAAAAGUUUUUAUUUUGAUAUUUUGUCCAGAGAAGCAGAGAGAGAGCAGGAAACGCCGUUUUAUGAUGUUGUCCGUGUGCUUUUAAAGUGCCUCUUUAAUAUUGUUAAAUAAAGUAUGAGAUAAAAAUAUGGGGUGGUACUGUAAAGUCAUCCAUGAUUAAUCUUUUCAAAUAUAUUCCAAUAUUUUCACAGAAA